AUGUGUCUCUGUCGUCUUGACCCCAGUGUAGAAGAGCUGCAGUCGGCUGUGAACGGUGGUGCUGUGUCCAUAUUGAAGUGCAGUAAGAUGAUCGAGGCUUGGGACACUGUGACCAUACCGAAGAGCGUGCAAAUGAUACUCAACCCGAACCUGCCUCCGGUCAUAAGCCUCGGCAGUCAGGGCACCUUCUACGAUCGUGUAGCUCAAGACAAGGAGAUCCUCAAGGUUAUUCUCAUGCUCACUGGAGCUGUUCAGAAUUCCGAGGAUGAAUGUAACGUCUAUCUGGAGCGCUUCUCUUGUUACGGCUGGUUAUGGGAAGACAGCAUUGAAGAUAAGUACAAGGAGUUCGAGGCUACUAAUCCGACCUUGGAUGACUUCGAGUGCAAACUGCGCAGCUUCGCUCAAUUAGAUGAGAAACUUGAUUUGUUCGAGUCCUCUCGCCAGAUCGGCGCCCUCCUACUCCGACCAGAGAGCCUCGCAAAAGGCUUGAAGGGUUUGGCCAACGAAUGGAAGGUGGCGUUCAGUAAACAGCUGCAUGUGAAGGCAAGAGACCGGCUGGAAGCUUUGACGGAGCAGAUCAAAACGACUGCUAAACGCAUGAACCGUACAGUGGAGGACGGCGACAUCGAUGCUCUCGGGUACGUGAUGAGGACCCUCAAUGACGUUAGACGGAAACAGUCUGAGAUCGAGCUCGAGUUUGGACCUAUCACCCACAUGUAUGCAAUUCUUGACACUUACCUGCCGAACAACGUGAUGGACAAAGAUGAGCAGGAUGCACGAUCAAUGCUGAAGAGGAAUUGGUUGAAAUUGGUGGAGGAAAGUGAGAAGAGGCAACAGGAGUUAUGCCUGAAGCAAGCUGAGUAUAAGAAGACUCUCAUUCAGACGGUCAAUAAUUUCAAGAAGGACGUACGAGACUUCCGGAAGAACUACGAGUCCCACGGCCCCAUGGUCAACGGUAUAGCCCCACGAGAAGCUGUCGAGCGGCUCAAGCGGUUCAAAGAGGAAUUCGAAGUUCGGUCGAGGAAACAAGAAAUCUAUUAUCUCGGAGAGGACCUCUUUGGUCUGCCUCAUCAACAGUACCCCAAGCUUGAGAAGACCAAGCAAGAGCUUGGAUACUUAGCCCAGUUGUAUGACUUGUACGUGCUUGUUUUGGAGACCAUCAAGGAGUGGAAGGACUAUCUCUGGACGGAAGUGCCGCAGCAUAUCGAAGACAUGAGGUCUCAGAUUGAAGUAUUCAGCAACCGUUGCAAGAAGAUGCCGAAACAGCUGCGAGAGUGGCCGGCGUACCAUGAGCUGAAGAAGGAGAUCGAGGACUUCUCGGAGGCUCUGCCGCUGUUGGUCGAGCUGGCCAAACCGUCUAUUAUGCCGAGGCAUUGGCAGCAAGUACAGGAGCUCACUGGCAAGGAGCUGCCGGUCGAUUCUGAGAUGUUCAUGUUGCAAAGCUUGAUCGACGCCAAUCUGCAAGAGCACAUCGAUGAGGUUACGGACAUCUGUGACUCAGCAGACAAGCAACUGAUCAUCGAGAAGCGUCUAGCAGACAUCACGAGCAAUGGA